GCGAGUUCAGGUGAGCGGUUGCUAGUCGUCGGGGCGGCCGGCAGAGGCGGCUCCGGGGCCCAGCAUGCGUGGGGGACCCCGCGGCUACCAUGUACGUGGGCUAUGUGCUCGACAAGGACUCCCCGGUGUACCCCGGCCCCGCCAGGCCCGCCAGCCUUGGCUUGGGCCCACAAACCUACGGGCCGCCAGGCCCGCCUCCCACGCCCUCUCAGUACCCCGACUUCACCGGCUACUCUCACGUGGAGCCGGCCCCCACACCCUCGACGGCUUGGGGAGCACCCUUCACUGCACCCAAGGACGACUGGGUGUCCACCUAUGGCUCUGGCCCCACGGUGCCUGCUGCCAGUUCAGCCCCACUUGCAUUUGGGCCCCCUCCGGACUUUAGCCCAGUGCCUGCGCCCCCUGGGCCGGGCCCUGGCCUCCUGGCACAGCACCUGGGUAGCCCGGGCGGCCCAUCAUCGCCUGGAGCACAGAGGCGGACACCCUAUGAAUGGAUGCGGCGCAGCGUGGCAGCGGGAGGCGGCGGAGGCAGCGGUAAGACCCGGACCAAGGACAAGUAUCGCGUGGUCUACACCGACCACCAGCGCCUGGAGCUGGAGAAGGAGUUCCAUUAUAGCCGUUACAUCACCAUCCGACGCAAGUCCGAGCUGGCUGCCACCCUGGGGCUCACUGAGCGGCAGGUAAAGAUCUGGUUCCAGAACCGGCGCGCAAAGGAACGCAAAGUGAACAAGAAAAAGCAGCAGCAACAGCCACCACCACCACCACCACCACCACCCCUCGAUGGCACCCCCAGCCCAGCUGGGCCACCCCUGGGGGGCCUGUGCCCCAGCAGCACCAGCCUCCUGGGCACCCCCUCCCCCAUGCCUGUCAAGGAGGAGUUUUUGCCAUAGCCCCCCUACCCCUAACCCUGCACAGCCCCAAGGGCUGGGGCAAUGGGGACUCAGUUGCUGGCACUGUGGCUCCUUGGGGACCCAGGAGACCCAGUGUGAGUUCCAGCCCUGCCAUAGACCUUCAGGGUCAGUGCAGACACAACACUCCGCCACCAGUGUGCCCUCAGCCAUCUGCACAGAGGGCAGGACCUCUUCCAGUUCCCCAGACCCCUGGG